UUUGAGAGACGUGACUGUCUAGACCAAUCAGAAUACGCGUUGCAUAGAAUUCUCAUACUGAGGUAUAAUAAAUAUUUUACCAGUAUUUAAUGACAAAACUACUUUAAACAAUCGGUCAAUGUAUAUUUCUAUCAACCAAGUCAAAACAAUCUCAUAACCUCAGAGCUUAUGAAUUUACCUUACGAAAUAGUUUGAUUGUAUUUUAUAUUGAGAAGUAUAUUUGCUAUAAAACUUAUUCGACCUUAUGCUCUUUCACAGGAGAAAGAUUGCCUAAGAAAAUUUCUGACCUAUUUGGUUUAAUUUUUUACGCACUUCUGAAGAAAAAAUAUUACGAUGGCGCUAAACAACUCAUUGAAACAGGAUAUGUUCGAAUCCCCCACCUUUUGAUUGGAUGUACCAUUCUACAAGAGGCGGCAGAUGACUGGAAUACGAAUCAACUGCGAAAGGAAAAUAUCUUACAGAUGAAAGAAAUGUGCACACAGCAGGCCCUGCGAAUAACGAGUUGUAUCCAUGAAGCUGACACAAAAGGCAAUAUAAAAAACAAAGACGGGACAAAGAUAUUAGAACAACGCAUUGAUCACGCCGGCAGACUUCUCCUGAAUCGCGGGUACCUGUCAGACGCCAUAAAGACAGAAAACAGUACUUAUCUAAACGAUGAAAUCGUCAAAAAAGUUAUCAGUCAGAUGUGGUACAAACAUGAAAGUGUUUCUUUUGGAAGUGGUUUGCUAUUCUUCAUCUUGACAAUGUUUCACAGCCUUUUGUUGCUACCUUUGAUGGUAACGAUGGAGAAUAAGCCUCUGGGGUGGCUCUACAGGCAGUACAGUGUUCCUGUCAUGAAAGUCCUUCUAAAUGGGUUUGGUUGGCUGAUGAAUUUGGUUGCAUUUGCCUACAUGCUACUCUUUGAUUUCACGGAAAUAAUUUCAAGAACGGAUUGGUUUAUAAUUGCCUGGAUGACAAGUUAUUUUAUUGACGAAACAAAACAGAUUAUCAUUGCAAUAAUGAGAGGGAAGAUCGGAUCUUACCUCAGUAACUGGUGGAAUCGAUUAGACUGGCUGACAAUGACUGUAUACCUUUCUGGGAUGCUGACUAAACUGGGCAGUGGACAGGCAUAUCACAACGCCUCCAAGAUUCUUUUAGUUUUGACUUUCAUCCUGAUGUGUGUCAGAUUCCUUAAUUCGUUGACAAUAUCGGAAAUUGUCGGACCAAAGCUUGUGAUGGUUAGAAAAAUGUUUCUGGACACCUUUGCAUUCCUUGCAAUCAUGACAGUAAUUAUUAUGUGCUAUAAUGUUUCGUAUUACGCUAUCCUUUAUUCCGAGAACUCUGAUCUCAGUUUUGCACAGCUUGAAAGGGUAUUUCGAAAUGGUUUUUGGAUUUUAUUUGGGGAAUUAUCACUUGAAAGUGACAGACUGAAAGAACCAGACUGUACGUUCAACAAAACAAUUUAUAAUGCAGGGAAAAUAGAUCGUUGUCCGUCAGAAUUGGGUCUCUUUCUGGCUCCAUAUCUAAAGGCUGCGUAUACCUUGCUCGCCAUCGUUCUUCUUUUAAAUCUUCUAAUUGCUAUGUACAGUAACACUUUCUCGGAAGUUCACGAAAAGAGUAAAUUCUACUGGGCACUUCUUCAAACGGACUUCUUGGAAGAAUACAGCGUGAAGAGUAUUUUCCCAAUUCAUUUCCAGCUCCUAGUUGUACCGAUGUGUCUUGUCCACUUUUUGUUCUGGAUCCCGAUUUCGUGGUUACGCUCUAACCAUCAGUCCAACGUCAAUAAAAACCCAAUGUAUUUCAGAGUCUUUAUAUAUGACGCAAACUUUGACUUGAAAUUGGAUGAAACGCUAGAUGCAGAAGGAAAGGCUGCAUUGGAAGCAUCGGGUGAUCUGGAGGGAACAGAUGAAGACAAACUAACAGUUCUCCAAACGGAGGUAGAGAACCAUAAAAGAGUCACGAACAAGAUCGAAGAAAGGACGAACAAAAUUGACGAAAGAACGAACAAGAUGGACGAAAGAACGAACAAGAUUGACGAGAGAAGUUCAGAGAUUCUGAAUGAAAUAGAACAGAUGAAAAGAGACAUAAGACUCCUAUGCAAAGCGGUAUCACCUGACACAAUGAUCGAGGAAGAGGUUAAAAAUCCGCCAACAGAAAUACGGGAUGCAGAUAAAGAUCAGAUACCACAACCCUCCAUGGUGUCGGAUGAUAUGAAGGUUAUUUAUGUAUAAGAUUUCGAUGACAACGAUUCGGAUUCAACCGUCCUUGGAUUCAUCUACUUAUUUUCAAAACCUGCUUUGGAUAAAUGAUUGGUUUAGAAACUGAAAUUGGAAUGAAGGGUGACUAAAAUGCAACAUGGAAGCAGAGAAUUGUAUUUAUUGCAAAAGAGUGUGUUUUCAUGUAUACUCUUUAAUGUAGAUGUGCUUUAUCUUCAUCUGUGUCUUUAAUUACAUUAUCAUCGAUGGGAUUACGUGGCGUCGGUGGCCGAGUGGUUAGGCCGUCAGACUCUCGACCGAAAGGUCGUGGGUUCGAGUCCUGGCCACGGCAGGGCUGACAUUGUGUCCUUGGGAAAGGCACUUUACAUGAAUUUCCUCACUCCACCCAAGUGUAAAAAGGGUACCUGGCUAUAGACAGUGAAAGAUAUUGUUAGAAUGUUAGUGCUCUAGCGCUUGUAAUGGCAGCUUGCACUGUAUGCUUCCUAGGAAGCUGAGAAAGUUCUAGAUUGAUAUAAGGUCUGCCGGGGUAAUAAUGUACAUUGAUAAUUGUAAAGCGCUCUGAGCAGCAUACGCUGGAUAAGGCGCUAUAUAAAACCAAUUAUUAUUAUUAUUAUUAUUAGAACAUUCUGCAAAAAAAAAAGAAGAAAAUUAUUUAAAAAACUAGCAAAGUCGAACAGAGUCUAGAUGAUAGAAAUACUUGAUGUUUCAAAGUACACUUUAUGGAUGAUGUUCAAAUAUAUUUACUGAAUAUUUAGGUAAUUCAUUAUGAAUUCUUUGAUUUUGAUUGGAGGAUUAAAUCUAUAAAAAACUGACAUUGAUGACAUGUUAUGUAAAUCAUUUUCUUUUUUUCAAAUCGUCACUUUCUUUUUCUUUAAAUAGAAUUACAAGUUUUAGAUGUAACUUGACUUAUCGUGUGUCUUACAUUACACAGUAACUAAACUACCAACUGAUGUGAAAUGAACUGUCGUUCUACUGUUAUAAUUAAUGUUGUAUUAUUAUUCUUUAAAUAGAAUUACAAGUUUUAGAUGUAACUUGACUUAUCGUGUGUCUUACAUUACACAGUAACUAAACUACCAACUGAUGUGAAAUGAA